AUGACCCCACUGCUUCUGGAGCGUAUUGAGCGGUAUCGGCACCGGCAAGCUGGGGAGAGGAGCGAGGAGGGAAAGAGGGGAGCUGGGGAUGGUGCUGUGAUGAAUGUUGUGGGAUGGAGAGGAGGAGGAGGGUUGGGGGAACAAGAGGGAGGAAAGAGGAGUGUGGAUGGAGGGGAACAGGAUGGGGAAGGGGAUGUUGGGAGCGGCGAUGAGGAUAAUAAGGGAGAGGAGGAUGGAGAGGAUGGUAAUGAUGAUGAGGAGUUGGCGGCGGAUGAUGAGGGAGAUGAGGACGAGGAGGAAGAGGGAGGGGAGGAGGACGAUGACAUUGACGCAGAGAUCUUUGACUGGCGAGCCAAGCGGUUGUGA